UCUCUACCCUUCGGUCCUGCGGAGCGCUGGGAGAAGCGAAUGGAUGUGAAUAAUUGUUUUUCAUUUCAGCCUAAAAUCUACAAUAAUUAGAAUUUUCAUUUCAAUCUAUUUAUAAGAUUUUUGUUACUAGUGGUGUGCUGUCGCCUCUACGAGCUGUUCGGACGCUCUCCAACCCUCCAAGCUGGACAGAGAUGAGUAGUCCCGAUGCGGGUUACGCCAGCGACGAUCAGACCCAGGCAAGGUGUGCGAUGUCAGUCAUGAUGCCUGGAAUGGGACACUGCCAGUGGGCCGACCCUCUUAGUCCUCUUGGGGACAGCAAAGUAAAAAACGAACCGUGCGCUUCCAGCUCCAGCAGCCAAAGUCGCGGGAAGAGCGAACCCCGGAUCCGACGGCCCAUGAACGCGUUUAUGGUCUGGGCGAAGGAUGAGCGCAAGAGGCUGGCGCAGCAAAACCCGGACCUGCACAACGCCGAGCUUAGCAAAAUGCUGGGGAAAUCGUGGAAAGCCCUUCCUGUCACAGAAAAGCAGCCCUUUGUAGAGGAGGCCGAGCGGCUGCGGGUUCAGCACAUGCAGGAUCACCCCAACUACAAGUACCGGCCCCGGCGGCGAAAGCAGGUGAAGAGGAUUAAGAGGCUGGACUCUGGCUUUCUGGUUCACGGCGUGUCUGAUCAUCAGGCCCAGACAAUGCCUGUGGACAGCAGAGUGUGUGUGGAAAGUCUGGGCCUUGGCUACCACGAGCACAGCUUUCAGGUUCCUCCACAGCCACUCAGUCACUACAGGGAUGCUCAGGCUCUUGGGGGUCCCUCUUAUGAAUCCUACAGCCUCCCCACGCCUGACACAUCUCCUCUGGAUGCUGUAGAAUCAGACUCUAUGUUCUUUCCUGCACAUUCACAAGAGGACUGUCACAUGAUGCCUGCAUACCCUUACCACUCCCAGGUGGCAGAGUUUCAACCCCAAGAACCCCUCUCCAACCAUCACAGCAAUGCCAUCCUGCACCGACAUGCAGCCUCAGUUCCAGAGCAGCCCCCUCAACCUGCCACCCUCCCUCCUUCCUACAUGGGAUGCCCCAAUCCGUUGGCCAUGUACUACACCCAGCACUGCAACCCCAGCCACCCCAAACGACAUCCUGCUGGGGCAGGACAGCUCUCCCCACCUCCUGACUCCCAUUCUCACACAGUGGACAACGUGGAGCAGAUGCACCACUCCGAGCUUCUGGAGGUGGACCGCAGUGAGUUUGAGCAGUAUCUGAGCUCCUCUUCAGCACGCAUGGACAUGACAGGCUUGCCAUAUGGACCACAUGAGGCUGGCAUGCAAGGACCUGAGAGCCUCAUAUCAUCGGUGUUGUCAGACGCAAGCACAGCUGUGUAUUACUGUAGCUACAACAACUCCUAACCUCAUCCCUGGCCAUGCUGCAAGGACACAUGAUCUGACCUCAAACCUCUGUUGCUAAAUUUGAACAAAAAAUUCUUUAUUUUUAUUUUUUACUACUGAUACAGGAGGCUGCUGAGCUUUUAAAUGCAGCUUUAACACUGACGUUGAACUGUAUCUGUGUAAUAAUAGUUAGUAAAGCCAUAAAAUAUUUUAAUAUGAACACUGGUUUUAACUUUUCUCUACUUCUCUUGCAGGGAUAUGAGUAAAUUUGUGAUAAUAAAUAUUGUACAGUCACUAUUUUAAAAAUGUA